AUUUGUUGGAGAUCUGUUUUCAUUCGGUUGAAGAAUUAUCUGGAUUUCUGUUCUCUUCUGUGUUUUAGAAGUGUACUUUUCGUGGAAGACACAAAUCCAUUAUGGCUUCCAUAAUUUUAGAUCACGGGGAAUCUUUUGCUAUUUCAUCUGUUUCUGUUCAAGUAUCGUAUAGGAAACCUCUGCGCAAUUUCGCUUCUCGUUGUUACUUGCGCACGUCAGCAUGUUGCUGCAACCUCCUCCCUCUCUUUCUCUGUUCCCCUUUUUCUAGAAUUUGUUAAAUUACCGAAAUGAGUAUAACUGCUUAAUAUCACAUUGGAAAUUCAGCUUAGGAAAAGCAUCAGGCAUCCACAAUGAAGGCACUCAUUCUUGUUGGAGGAUUUGGGACACGGUUGAGGCCAUUGACCCUCAGUGUGCCUAAACCACUUGUUGAUUUUGCCAACAAACCUAUGAUCUUGCAUCAGAUUGAGGCACUUAAGGAAAUUGGAGUGACUGAAGUGGUUUUGGCUAUUAACUAUCAACCGGAGGUGAUGUUGAACUUCUUGAAGGAAUUUGAGGCUAAGCUAGGUAUCAAGAUCACGUGCUCUCAAGAGACUGAGCCACUCGGCACUGCUGGUCCUCUGGCUCUGGCUAGGGACAAAUUGAUUGAUGAUUGUGGUGAACCAUUUUUUGUUCUCAACAGUGAUGUCAUCAGCGAGUACCCACUCAAAGAAAUGAUACAAUUCCACAAAGCCCAUGGAGGAGAGGCUUCCAUAAUGGUGACCAAGGUGGAUGAGCCGUCAAAAUACGGUGUGGUGGUUAUGGAAGAAUCCACUGGGAAAGUUGAGAGAUUUGUGGAGAAACCUAAAAUAUUUGUUGGAAACAAAAUAAAUGCUGGAAUUUAUCUGCUGAACCCAUCUGUUCUUGACCGAAUUGAACUGAGACCCACCUCAAUUGAGAAAGAGGUCUUCCCUAAAAUUGCAGCCGAUAAACAGCUCUAUGCAAUGGUCCUUCCAGGUUUUUGGAUGGAUAUUGGACAGCCGAGAGAUUACAUUACUGGCCUGAGACUUUACCUGGAUUCUUUGCGAAAGAAAUCCUCAUCUAGAUUAGCCAGUGGCCCCCAUGUUGUGGGAAAUGUUUUGGUGGAUGAGACUGCCAAGAUUGGAGAGGGAUGUUUGAUUGGACCUGAUGUUGCAAUAGGUCCGGGAUGUGUUGUUGAGUCAGGAGUUAGACUCUCUCGCUGCACUGUGAUGCGUGGAGUUCGCAUCAAGAAGCAUGCUUGCAUAUCCAGCAGCAUCAUAGGGUGGCACUCCACUGUUGGCCAAUGGGCUCGUGUGGAAAACAUGACGAUCCUCGGAGAAGAUGUCCAUGUUUGUGAUGAAAUUUACAGCAAUGGGGGUGUGGUUUUGCCUCACAAAGAGAUCAAGUCGAGCAUUUUGAAGCCAGAGAUAGUAAUGUGAGGGAUUGCAAUCCAGAUGGGGUGUACAAUAUGUUUAGGCAGGGAGAUGGUAAUGUACUUGGUUCUUUUUCCUUCCCUUUCUGUCAUACACAAGUGUACAAGUUAGUUUCUGGAGGUUCCAAUGAUGUGAGUCAAGCUUCUGAAUGUCUCUGUUGUUGUCGAUGGCGUAAGAGUUCAUCUUGGUGUGUGAAGUGUGACUUAGCUAUGUAAAUAGAAAUAAAUUUUCUGUUUCUCAGGCUUUUCUGUAAUUUAUCAAUUGCAAAUUCUUUGUUUCA